CCCGCCCCCGACCGUGAAGAAUGUGUGUGUGUGUGUGUGUGUGUGCGCGACGCUGCGUGGGGGUGUUCGCCUGAUGUCAUUUGGCAGAAAGGGAGGCUGAGCUAACGGUGGGCACUCGGGUUGAAAGCAUAACAAUAACGUUACCGUCCAGAUUCGGAACUAUAACGGAUCGUUUGGAUUUAAAUACGCAGCGUUAAAAGUCCAUGCUCCUUGUCGUGGUCCGAAGAUGAAGAUGGUGAUGAGGAGGUGAAGCUUGCUGGCUAACGGACUGAAAGUACCAGAUGCUAUUCCAGCGGAGAAGGAGAACGGGCUCGAAUAAGCAGGAGAGGGUGAUGGGUUCUAGUUUUCCAGACGGCUAACGUUAGACCUUUGAUAGUGUAAAGUGAGGAGAUCUUGGUUUGCCUUUUCCCCCACCUCCGUCUGUGUGACAUUGGGUCUGAAAUGCUAGCGCAGACACGGUCUCGGUCGUCGAACAGCCUCUGGGCCGCAGCUCGGCACACCGAGCCCGAAUCUGGGAAAUAAGCUAGCUAGCUCUCUGCUAGCCGCAGCUGUACCCGAUGCUGCUGCGGCGGCUGUUGCUGCUAAACGGAUUCGAAAGACGGCGGUUCAGGGCCCUGGCGCUGAGUGAACUAUUGUUUUACCUUACUGGACUACAACGAGCAUUUGAGAUGUGAUGCUUUUGUGCGUCGUAUUUGAGCCUUUUGUAGCCGGAGGCUCUCGCUUGCUUGACGCGAAGGAGCUACGUUGCUGCAAAAUGCACAACAGAACCACAACAGACUCCUGUUGAAGGGGGCGAGGUUAGACUGAUAACAGCCCACACUGUGUCCUCAACACCCGGGGUCACAUUUGGACAACGACCACCACUUUUUCUCCACGUCAUACACCGCUUCAUCAGCUGGCGAUAUGGAUAAACUAACGAUCAUUUCAGGGUGCCUGUUUCUGGCAGCAGAUAUCUUUGCAAUAGCCAGCAUUGCAAACCCAGACUGGAUCAACACUGGUGAAUCAGCAGGUGCCCUUACAGUCGGUCUAGUCCGGCAAUGUCAGACCAUCCACGGACGAGAUCGGACCUGUAUACCACCACGACUGCCCCCAGAGUGGGUCACCACGCUUUUCUUUAUCAUCAUGGGCAUCAUCUCCCUCACAGUCACCUGUGGUCUGCUGGUGGCUUCACACUGGCGCAGAGAAGCCACCAAAUACGCCCGUUGGAUCGCCUUUACUGGCAUGAUCCUGUUCUGCAUGGCGGCGCUCAUCUUCCCCAUAGGCUUCUACAUCAACGAGGUGGGAGGCCAGCCGUACAAGCUGCCCAACAACACAGUGGUCGGCUCCUCGUACGUGCUGUUUGUCCUCUCCAUCUUCUUCACCAUAGUGGGACUUCUGUUUGCAGGCAAAGUUUGCCUCCCAGGCUGAGGACUCAAACCAUGCCCGCCUCUGGACUGACACAAGAGGCUCUGAAAAUUUUAUGGGAUUUACAAAUACUCACAAUGACUGAAAAUCAAAAACAACAAACUCUGGCCACAGGGCUGAUACAGAGAUGUCUUUGAUUUAUGUGUCAAGGGACCGCAGACCGUGAAGUAUCUAACGACUAAAAAAUGAAAACGAAUAAAUGAACAAAACACUAAAGGUGGGACAUGGCCACAAAGGGGUGGAGGAGUGUGACAGAGGGCAGCCGAGGCUGUCGCUGCACCCUGCCACUGUUGAUUUAAAAUAUGGCCGCCUCUCCGUUGUUGUUCUGUUGGGGAAUAGGGUGUUUAAUGUGCCGCUGUCAUGGCAACUGCGGCCAUAAUGCUGGCGCGCAUUGCAUGAGGACCACUACAGCCGCUCCUCGACUUGACCCCUCCGCUCGCCCUGAGCACACAUCUGCGCCGUCACGACUGCUCCUGUUGCUAUUUUUGGCUUCUCUUAGCUAUUUCAGUUGUGUGGUUUUCUGUUGUUGUACAUUUUGUGUUUUUUUUUUUCUUUCUUUCCUUUUUUUCCCUCUUCCACCUCCCUCCCCCAGCAGCCUUGCCACUGAAGCUCGAGUGUACUUGAGGUUCACUGAACAGGAUCCUUGAGGGGAACUGAAGAGUUUCCUGCCAGCUUGGCUUUUAGAGCAGGGUUUAUUCUCGCCUGUCACUUCAGGAGGCCCCAGGUGUGCAGCUGGGGAGAGCAGCUGUGAGUCCAGCUGUCUGGGCCAGUUCACUGGCUGCUGUGGACCUAAGGAAGGUGCAGGUGUGCUGCCUCUUUUUCUCACAAACAGGUGCAGCUAAGGAGCCGGUAGCAAUGAGGGCUGACCUCCCUGGGCAGCAGAACAGGAGGUCAAGUACCACAAAGGAGAAUGCCACUCAAUGUGAGAGCUUGCAUUAUGUUAUUUACAUGGACAGCAAACAGAGUAUUAGUGAGUGUUGACAGCUGUUUUGCUAAGCUAAAGCCAUGAUGCUGAUGCACAUCAUUUGCCAAUAUCUAGAAGACUGUGAAUUUAGAGAACAAUCAUCAUAAACAUAAACACAACUUGUAUUUGUAGUAAUACUCUUAAUACAUUUAAGUACAGGCCACAAGUACACUGGCCUUUUCAAGGUAUUUUCAGAGGUGAACAUUACUGUGGGGUUGAAAUGAACUCAUACAUGUAAUUAUAGCAGACAGUAUUGACUUGUACAAAUAGAAGCUGAUGUUACGUCUGGUGUGAAAAUAACAUAUGUGAAUGCUGAAAAUUGGUGGUAUUCUCCUUUAAUGUUGGACAAUAAAGAAGGGAGCCAGGAGUAAUUUUUUUGUUGUUGUUUUUUGUUUUCUAAACAGUGAAGGCAGUGGGACUGCAGGUCAGGUCCAUGCAUGAGGCUGUGCCUCAGUGUGCUACCCUUGAGGCCUGUGAAUGUAAAACACACACACACACACACACUUUAAUUAACCUCAGUGAAAUUUUAGUUUCCAAAGCCCAAAUGUGAUCCUUCAGAUUCAGUGUGUGCUUCAGUGCAAGUCUCUCAAAAUUAGGACACGUCACACAACUCAUUUGUAUAAUGUCGUUCACAUUUUGACUAAUUGGCACCAUUAAAAGUAUGCUGAAUUAGAUAUUUGAAGCUCUUGUUUGCAGAAAACUAAAAAACAACAAAACAAAACAGUGAUUAGUAUUCUUGGGCAUAUUGAAAAGAGUGCAUUUUUUAUUCUAAGCACAUUUAUAGACGUUUAUUUGUGAUGGAUUAUAUUUGAUAAUUGUUAAAAACCUGGUCUGCAAAGCACAGAAAACCAACCAUUCCUCAAUUCACAGACGGGAGUCUGGUGACAUUUCAUAACCCACUGAUUUACAAUUUAGUAUCACAAGAAGCAAAGCAGAAAUGACUUUGACAGUCAAUUGAAGCAAUCAAUUGAUUAUCAAAUCCUUUCAGCUCUUCCACGUAUGGGCUGAUACUUAACAUGCUCAACAAUUUGGGUGGUGUGUGUGUGUGUGUGUGUUUUAAAUCAAUCACAGAGCCCAGUCGUUAAGUCUUAGACUUUUGUUUUGUAUUUCUGUUUGCUGCUCAGCUUUUCUUACUCUUGGUCUGAUGAUGUAUACUGCUAUCUCUACACUCUGCAGUGGCCUGUCUUGGUUGGUUCAGUAUUGUGCCAUGACCUGUUUUUGUUUAAUAAUGUACAGACACAAGAGGCAGGUUUUCUGUAUUAGGAAGCACUGUGCAUUCAACAGUAUAGGUAACAGAAAUAGAAGCACCACAAAUGUAUAAAAAAGAGAACUUCUUACCUCAUUGUUUUUGUUUCUGCUAUUAUUUUCUAAUGGUGGCAAUGUGUGCCCUCUAAUUUGUCUCUUGCCUUGAUCGGAUGUCUUCACAUAAAGCCUAUGAUCAUAGGAAAUUAUUUAUCACUGAAUAAAAUGAGAAAAAUGGGUGUGUGUGACUCUGA